UCCGCGUCCGUCUCCAAGAUGGCGGUCGCGAACCCGGAAGUUGGAAAGAGUAGGAGCUAGCAAGACCAGCGGAGCUCAGCCUGAGCCACCGGCGCCGCUGUUGCCUCCCUUGCUGCUGCUUCUCGUCUGUGCCCCCCGUUCGCAUGUGGUGGUGGUGGGGAGGAGAGCGAAGACUAGCUUGAACCCAUUAUUUUGUGUCCUGCACUCUGGGACAAUUGAGAAGAGAUCCCGGCCCUCCUCUGUGUGGCAACCUUUCAAGGACUUGAAGAGUUCUUUCCCCACCCUACCUGGAGAUGCUGGGGACUGAACCUGGGACCUUCUGCAUGCAAAGGCAUGUUGCAGAGCUUGGGGUCUAGAUAAAGGCUCCUUGUCCUCCGUGCGGCAAUUGGGAUCCCUCAGUUCCAGCCACCACCACUCCUGGCUUCCUCCAUGAGGCCGCAAGAAGUCUGAUGCCCUCGUUGCCCCUCACCAUGGACGGCGGGAAGAGUUUCCACCCGCCCUGCACACACCAGCAGCCAGGCAACAUGCUGUACGGGAUGACCGCCCUCCAGGCCCAGCUCAGCAUGCCUGCCAUAGAGAAUUCUGCUUCCGGUUGGUGGAAUCUGGCUCCAUAUUCAUCCGCUUCAUAUUCAGCCCCGUCUUUCCUGAGCGAAAACCAGCAAUAUUACAAUGUCGCUUCUGAUUUCUACACGAACUCCAUCAGUGGGCAGCUGUUCUCCGACACCAACUAUGCACCUCCACCAGGCCUUGCCGAUUUCUUACCCAAGAAUGGCGAUUUUCCUCAGGAUUCUGCUUACCUCAAUGACCUCUCUAGCAAUUCCCUCUUUUCCUCCCCGGCGGACUCCCUCUCAGAUAUUGCCGAUGCUCAGGAAUUUCUGCCCGCGAUAUGGGACGUCAGCACACCACAGCAGAGCCAAAUAGAGCACUUGCCUCCUGACUUGGAAGGCAUAGAGGGCUUACAGGAAAUAGAGAACCACGUGCCGGCCGCUCAGGACACCCCCCUUCUUUCUAGCAUUCAGUCCCAAACUCAGGUAGAGGAAGAGGAGGAGGGAGACGACGAUGAAGCAGAGGAACUGGGUCACACGGAGACGUACGCCGACUACGUCCCCUCCAAAUCUAAACUUGGGAAGCAGCACCCUGACCGAGUGGUCGAGACGAGCACCCUCUCCAGCGUCCCCCCUCCGGACAUCGCCUAUGCCCUCUCUCUCCCCAGCUCAGUCGCUGACAACUGGUUACUCUCGGCGCUACAGCUGGAAGCAAUUACUUAUGCCUGCCAGCAACAUGAAGUUUUACUCCCCAAUGGGCAGAGAGCUGGCUUUCUCAUCGGGGACGGUGCUGGCGUUGGGAAAGGCCGGACGGUUGCAGGGAUCAUCUUCGAAAAUUACCUGAAGGGGAGGAAAAAGGCUCUGUGGUUCAGCGCCUCAAAUGAUCUCAAGUAUGAUGCCGAGAGGGACCUUAAGGAUAUCGAUGCGCCCAACAUUCCCGUCCAUGCUUUAAACAAGAUUAAAUACGGCGACACUGCUACCUCGGAAGGAGUCUUGUUUGCCACUUACUCUGCCCUAAUUGGUGAAAGCCAAGCCGGUGGCCAGCACAGGACCCGGCUGAAGCAGAUCCUGGAUUGGUGCAAGGAGGAUUUUGACGGUGUUAUUGUGUUUGAUGAAUGCCACAAAGCCAAAAAUGCCAGCUCCACCAAGAUGGGCAAAGCAGUAUUGGACCUGCAGAACAAGCUGCCUCUCGCAAGGGUCGUCUAUGCCAGUGCCACAGGUGCCUCCGAGCCAAAGAACAUGAUUUACAUGAGCCGGCUGGGGAUAUGGGGAGACGGCACCCCCUUCCGCUCGUUCGAAGAGUUCCUCCACACCAUUGAAAAGCGGGGCGUCGGUGCAAUGGAGAUUGUUGCCAUGGACAUGAAAGUCAGUGGCAUGUACAUUGCUCGGCAGCUCAGCUUUUCGGGGGUCACCUUCAGGAUAGAGGAAAUCCCACUGGACCCAGAGUAUAAGGUCGUCUAUAACAAGGCGGCCCAGUUGUGGGCAGAAGCCCUGCUAGUUUUCCAGCAUGCUGUGGAACUGAUUGGCUUAGAGUCUCGGAAAUCUUUGUGGGGACAGUUCUGGUCUGCACACCAGCGCUUCUUCAAGUACCUCUGCAUAGCUGCAAAAGUCCGGCGUGUGGUCGAGUUGGCCAAGGAGGAGCUGAGUAAAGGCAAGUGCGUCGUGAUUGGCCUGCAGUCGACCGGCGAGGCCCGCACCCGGGAGGUUCUGGACGAAAGGGAGGGUCAGCUGAACUGCUUCGUGUCUGCAGCCGAAGGCGUCUUUCUCUCACUAAUUCAGAAGCACUUUCCUUCAACCAAACGAAAGAGAGAGAGAGGAACUGGCAUUAAAAGAAAAAGGAAACAAAGAGUCCGCGUCACCAAGGUCCCCAAAAACUGUGACCUCACCAGCAGCAGCAGCAUCAUCAAGAUCAGCUCUGACAGCAGCUCCGAUUCCGAGGGAGGGAUGGAGAGCGAUUUCAACUCCUCCCCGGAGUCCCUGUUUGAAAACGACGAUGUGAUCUUCAUCGAGCGCACCACCACCAACGGCUACGCGUGCGAGGACCGAGGCAGCGCCUCUUUCCAAAAUGCCCAGAAGGAGAUGUACGGCUCAGUUGUGCUGGAGCACAUCGAGAAGAUGAAACAGGAGCUCUUGUCAAAAGCGAAAGCGCUGGCCAAAGACCUACCUCUCAAUACCUUGGAUGAACUGAUUGAUCACUUUGGUGGCCCGGAGCAUGUGGCAGAGAUGACUGGGCGUAAAGGGCGCGUUGUCCGGCGACCGGGCGGCUCCAUCGCCUUCGAGUCGCGAGCCGAGCAAGGGCUGUCCAUCGACCACGUGAAUCUCAAGGAGAAAGAGCGUUUUAUGAAUGGAGACAAACUCGUAGCAAUAAUCUCCGAGGCCUCUAGCUCAGGGAUUUCCCUCCAAGCGGACAGACGGGUAAAGAAUCAGAAGAGGCGCGUCCAUAUGACGUUGGAACUGCCCUGGAGCGCCGACCGAGCUAUACAGCAGUUUGGUCGGACACACCGAUCCAACCAAGUCUCUGCUCCGGAGUACAUCUUCCUCAUCUCCGAACUGGCCGGAGAGCGACGGUUCGCUUCCAUUGUGGCCAAACGCCUGGAAAGCCUUGGUGCCUUAACUCACGGGGACAGGAGAGCAACUGAAUCCAGGGACCUGAGCAAAUACAACUUCGAGAAUAAGUACGGGUCCAGAGCCCUCGACAAGGUCCUCCUCACUAUCUUCAACCAGACCGAGAACAAAGUCCCCGUGCCCAAGAGUUACCCGAGAGAAGACGCGGCUUUCUUUCACGAAAUGAAGCAGUGUCUCCUGUCGGUCGGGAUCUGUUGCAAAGAGAUGCGCUACGGCUAUGUGACUGUGGAGAAAGACUGCUCCAUCACCAAGUUCCUGAACCGCAUCCUGGGCUUGGAAGUGCACAAGCAGAACUUGCUCUUCCAGUACUUCAGCGACACUUUUGACUACCUGAUUGAGAGGGACAAGAAGGAUGGCAAAUAUGACAUGGGGAUUCUGGACCUAGCCCCCGGCAUUGAUGAGAUCUACGAAGAGAGCAAAGAGGUUUUCCUGACACCUGGCCACCCGCAAGACGGGCAGGUGGUCUUUUACAAGAUCAGUGUCGACAGAGGCUUGAAGUGGGAAGAGGCCUACGACAAGUCGCUCUGCCUGACGGGCCCUUAUGAUGGCUUCUACCUGUCGUAUAAGGUUCGAGGCCAGCAGUACACUUGCAUCUUGGCGGAGCAGAGCCGGGGGAAAUACUUCACCCUCUACAAGCCGAACAUCGGCAAGAACAGCCAGCCGGAGACCUUGGAGAGCCUCCUCAAAAAGUACCGGCAGGUCUCGCCGGAAGACGCCAAAGAUCACUGGGAGGCCAAUUAUGCCUUCUCUUUCGAGCACUGCAGCCACGCUGUAUGGAACAGGAACUGCAAGGUGGUGCAAGAGGGCAAGGAGUGUUUCCAGGGGACACGCCUGCGCCAUUAUUACAUGCUGUGUGGCGCGCUGCUGCGAGUCUGGAGCAAGAUCGCCAGCAUCAUGGCUGACGUCACCAACCCCUGCUACUUGCAGAUCGUCCGCCUCAAGACCAAAGAGAAGAAGAAGCAAGUUGGGAUCAAGAUCCCGGAGAGCUGUGUCCAGCAGGUCCUGAAAGAGUUGAAGCAAAUGGACGAGAACGUGAAGCAGAAGCAGAAGAGCCAGGCCCUCUUGGCGGCCGUGGCGGGCCCCAGCCUGCCCUACCCACUCCUCCCACUGGACGUCAGCCAGCCUGCAGGGGGUGCCAGGUUUCUGGCCCCGGGGCAAUCCUCCUUGCACCCGGAUGAGGUCUUGGACCUGACCUACAGCCCUCCCAGCGAGGGCCUCCCAGACUUCUGGACUACGGAGGUGGCCCCCCUGCCGGCCCCGCUGCCACCGCACUUGCGUUUCAGCUUCCCCACGCCCUUCGACGGCACCUCUCUGACCGGGAGCAGCCUGCCCCUCGGGGCCCCCUCCCAGCACGAACACUUGCCCCUGGCGCGCGCCCCUCCGCCCCCGCUGCCCGACCACUUCUCCCUGCCCGACCCGGACAUCAACUACAAGGAACUCCUGGAGGAGAUGCUGAGCUCGCUCAACGUGGGGCCCGAAGACGGUGCCCAGGAGCGCCAGAGUGUCAUCCAGUUCAGUGGGCCCUUCUCUAACUUCUUUGACGGCAGCUGAGUUGCGGGGAGGGGCGGGGGUGCCCCUACUUCCCCCACCCUAGCUCCACCCAUUAUCUUUUGACUGGAGAUGUUUGGGGGAGGAGGGAGGCACCCUGGGGGUCUGGCUGGGUUUGCUUGGUUUGUUUUAAUACUGGUUUGGAACGGACCACUUCUCUGUCUUGGAAAAACUGGGAUUUUGGCAGAGCGGGGCAGGGGCCCCGGAGAGUUAACAGAAGCAACAGCAACAGUUUUAUUUAUAUAUAAUAUACAGUCACAUCUGUACCAAUUUUUUUAUAUAUCUUAUCUAUAGAUACAGAUACGUUAUGUCCAAGUGGAGUUUUGGGGUGGAUAGAUGGGAGGGGGGCCCUGUGAUGCCGGAAUCGGAGGGGGUGGGGCUGAGGCAGCUGACGAGUUGUCAGUCUACCCACCUACUCACCCACCCCUGGCUUAUUCUCCUGUACCCGGGGCCGUACUGUCCACUCCUCCCCUUUCUGCAAACGACUAAGUUUGGGAAGCUAGGAUCUUUAUAUACUACUCCCCUCCAAAAAAAAAAAUGCUGCCCAGUUUGUCAAGUGGAGCAAUUCGAAUCCAUGACAGCCAAACAAAAAACAAGAGCUUUCUGGGUGUUGCCUUGGGUGGCAUUCGGUACUGGGUCCUACUCAGAGUAGAACCCAUUGAAGCAAAGACAGGACUAACUUAGUUUCAGUGAGUCUACUCUGAGUGGGAUUUAGUUGAAUAUAACCCCUAGGUGGUUUGUGUGUGUGUGCGUGUGUUGCUUUGCACAGGUGUGGACUUUUAGAGGCGCUGCACAAUCCACAGUUUUCUCAGCUUCUGGUUCUUAGACGGAAGGGGAGAGCCUGAAGUUUCUAGGCCUCAUGGAGGUAGGGAAAAUCCUUUGUGAACAUUGGAGCAGGGAGGUGGUGCAUGGCAAAAUCUCAGGAGCAGGAAUGUUUCAGCGGUUCAGGGUGCAGUUGUCGCUUGUUGUCCUGAGGGCCGACGGGUGUUGUAGUCCAAAAUGUCUGCCAGGGGAGGGGGGGAGGUUCUGGAAGGCUGAGCCUAGCAAGAACUUUUUCUUUUUUUAAUCGCACAGAAAUGUGCAUUCUUUGGUCCUGCAGUUUUGAUUGUGGUCUUUUUUUAUGUCUUGACGCCUAAGGAGUUUUUUCCCUUUGUACCGAAACCGGGGUGGUCAGCCCGCCUCUCUCUCUCCCCGCCUCCCCAAUGCCACCAUUUUACCAUCCCUUCCCCCCCAGUUAGGUCUGAGUUGAAUGAGUCCGUGCUGUUGUUUGGUUGAAGGGAUCUUAGCAGACCAGUUGUGUGGGAGCUUUAAAUGGAACUAAAAAUCAGCAACAGCCCCAACUUCGUGCAUCAGGUAGGCAUCCUUUCCCAGCCCGGUGCCCUCACAAUGUUGUGGACGACAAUAUCUUGAGGGCACGAGAUCCGGGAAGGCUGAGUUGUUAUGGCUUUACGCUGCCUAUUGUUUCAGGCACGGGUCACACUUUUCUGGCCACUAACGAAUAUUGUGGGGCUAUCUCUGUGUCAUUGCACAAAUUCUGCAGUCCCCAGAGUGGAGGUUUUGGGGUACUUACAUAUUGUGAGAAUUUGUUCCUUCCCCCUUUGUUUUACAAAUGAAGUUUCUAGCCCUGUGUAUGAUUGUAAGCAUGCAGGCAAGAUGAUGGGAAUCUAGAAGAAAGUGGUGUGUGUGUGUAUGUGUGUGAGAGAGGAAGAUUUGCAAGGGAACUUUCGUGACCUUGACCCCCUCCCUUCCACCCCAUGGCCAAAAGAAAGUUAGUUAAUUAUGCAAAGAGAGAGAGAGAGAAACUAUGCAAAUAUGCUGUUUUGCAUAAUGCAUGCAGGCCACAGUGAUUUGGUUUCCCCAGAGGAUAAUUUUUCAUCCUGAGGCGUAAGAUGCUUGCAGCAGGGCCCCAGUUACUUCUCUGGUUCCAAUACAGCACCUCUUCAGCUCAUCACGUGUUGCUAUUAAAGAUUUAAUUUCAGUAGCCGCAGUAAAGCCUGGCAGUAUGGUUCUUGGAUUGUAUUUUUUGGGGGGGGAGGCUUAAAAACUCAGGAAGUAUUGAAGAUGCUUUCAGUUGGGGCUUCUUUCUCCCCCCGCCAUCCCUGAUCAAUUUCCCCAUAAGUAUCUCAGAAUUGUACGUGGCUAUUUUAUGAGAACCCAUGAAUGACACCCAACUCUCACCCCCCCACCCCACUCCCAGUAUCCUUCCUCCGUUUUUGUCAGGAAAAAAACCCCAAGAUUUAUGUAACAGCUACUUUUUAAAAAAACUAAAUUAUUACGCUGUUUGUUCUAUCAAUUGUAUGUAUUUUUUAAAAUGAAUUCCCUCCGCAACCCCUUUUCUUAGCCCCUUCCUGGUUGGCACUUUCUAACCACCACCUUUGUCGGCUUACUAUUUUUAUUUUCUAUGGGUAUUUAUAAUUAAUUGGAAAUUGUGUAAAUAUAUAUAUGUAAAGGUGGGGGGAGGGGUGGGAAGAGGAAGGGGCGGAUGUCGUCGAUGAUGAGAAAAAAAUGUGCCUUUGAAACUCAUGAUUCCAGAAUUUUCUACAGAAGGAUUAAAAUGUCAGCAUUUCAGCUGAGCUUUCUUUGUGUGGAUACAUUUAUAUGUUUGUUACAUUUCCAAAUCGCUUCCCAUAAAACAUCCCCAAGCAGUUUAAUAAUAAAAACUUCAGCAAUUAAGUGGAGUGGUGAUAACAUCUGAGGGGUGGCCGUGGUCGCUUUUCAGUGAGUUUUAAGGCAGAGGUUCUCAAACAGUGGUCUGUAUUACAUAUUCAUAUUGAUUUAUUUGUAUUUUUAAUUGCUUCUCUUUUUUUUUCUUG